GAGAGAGAGAGAGAGAGAGAGAGAGAGAGAGAAUUGGAAUUGAGUGAGAGAGAAAAGAUUACCGUCGCCUAAGCGCCUCACCCGUCCACAUCACCUGCAGCGGGACUUUAUCAAACGCACCUAACAGGGAUCUCGAGCCGUGCUCCUCGUGCUGCCUAAACGCCAGGUGAUAUGGAUUAACUGACUUGUCACUGUUUAAGGAAGGUGCGGCUUUUUUGCGGCGCUUUUCGAAGUUGUUCCUCAUCCAGGACGGUCGGGACAGCUCGCCCUGCACUCAGGAGGGGAUUAGAGAGGAGAUACCCGCUCGGAAAUGAAGACACAUCACGCUGGCUCUCUGCAGCAAAACGAUGGACAGAGAGAAAGAAGAGCAGGACUGUAACUGGCGCCUUCAUGGAGCCCUGAUACACAGGGCAGAGAGCAGGUAAAUGGAGGUCCAGGACAGGAGCCGCUCCCCGUCCCGUCGGACCAGUCGGGUGGAGCAGGUGGUGGGACGAUGGCUGAGACGAUCCAGAGACUUAGGCAGCAGGUCUCACUCUCUGAGCCGAGACCGGGUUGCAGUGGAUGGGAAGACAGCAGAGUCGAGUCAUUCUGAUCAGAGGAACUACCCCUUCCGCUUCAAUGUUCAGAUCCAACGAGACCCAAACCUCAACUCUCAUGGCCUCACUCUGACCUCCCAGGCCCCCAUCCUGGUGCAGGAAGUCAUGCCAGGUGGUCCUGCAGAUGGUCGGCUCGUCCCUGGCGACCAGCUUGUGAAGAUCAAUAACGUCGCUGUCGAUGACCUGACCCCCGAGCAAGCUGCUGAAAUAAUCAGGGAGUGUCAAGAUUGUUUGACGAUGACUGUCCUCAGAACAAUGCUGGGCCCCAAGUCAUCAUUCAUCACACCAGAAAAGAGGGCCAAGCUCAGGUCCAACCCUGUUAAAGUUCACUUUGCAGAGGAGGUGGAAGUUAAUGGACACUCUCAGGGCAACUCUCUUCUCUUCCUGCCUAACGUUCUCAAGGUCUAUCUGGAGAAUGGGCAGACCAAGGCCUUUAAAUUUGAACCAAGCACCACAGUCAAGGACAUUGUGAUGACACUGAAGGAAAAGCUUUCUCUGAGCCGCAUUGAACACUUCUCCCUGGUGCUGGAGCAGCAGCACAACAUUGCCAAACUACUGCUGCUGCAUGAUGAGGAGAGGAUACAGCAGGUUGUGCAGAAGAGAGAGGCCCAUGGCUACAGAUGUCUGUUCCGUGUUUGUUUCAUGCCAAAAAGCCUCCAGACCCUGCUGCAGGAAGAUCCCACUGCGUUCGUGUACCUCUAUCAGCAGGGGGUGAAUGAUGUGCUGCAGGAGCGCUUUGCCGUGGAGAUGAGGUGUAACACCGCCUUGCGACUGGCAGCGCUGCACAUCCAAGAGAGAUUGGCGAGUUGUGGACAGUCACCAAAGACCAAUUUGAAGAUUAUAACGAGGACAUGGGGAAUAGAGAACUUUGUGUCAUCCACCUUGUUGAGGAACAUGCGAGAGAAGGAUCUGAGGAAGGCCAUCGCCUACCACAUGAAAAAGAGCCAAUCACAGCACGAUCCCAAGCAGAAGGGCCUGUCAGUUGAUCAGGCACGGAUAAACUACCUGGAGGAGCUGAGUGAUCUUAAGUCAUUUGGAGGGAAGUCCUUCAGUGCCACCAUGAUGCUUCAGGACAGGGAGUCAAUGGUGACCUUGUUGGUGGGGGCGCGAUACGGGGUGAGUCAGGUUGUUAACCACAAAUUGAGCAUCCUGUCCACCCUCACAGAGUUCACCAGCAUCACACGCAUCGAACUGUUGCCCGAAUCCGACAAGGUCAGCCUGGUCAAAAUAUACCUGCAGGACAUCAAGCCCAUCACGCUGCUGUUGGAGUCAGUUGCAGCCAAAGACAUGUCCUGCCUCAUCGCAGGGUACUGUCGAGUGUUUGUUGACCCCAAUCUCAACAUCUUUCCAUGGAUGGAUGACUCCAAGAAGCAUAGAGUGUCUGCUGAAGAAGGUUAUGUUUCAAGGUGCGGCAGUGACUCAGACAACUCCUCAGACUUGGACAUGGAACCACUGGUUGCCCAUGUGUCUCAUGAUGAGAAGCCCUGCCCUCGUGUCAGAUCCUCAUCAGACCCAGAGGGAAGGAAAAGAAAAGACAGAGACAGAAGGAGAAACAAAGAUGGCAAAGAAAAAGGGGGUAAACUUUGGUGGGAUAAAAAGCAAAAUGAAGAAAAGGAUGCUGACACAGAAAAGUGUCCACUAGUUAAGAAUAGAGAGGGUAAGAAUGAAGAUACAGAGCGCAAGGAGGGUACAGAGAAAGCGCAGGAUAGUCAGCAAAUACAGAUCAAGAUAAUGAAUAAUGAUUUGGGGAAGAAAGUGCAGGAAGGAGAUAAAAUAGGAGGUGGAGAAGAGGUGCGAGCAGUAGAGGAGCAGCCAUCUGUAUCUGAAGCAUCAGAUUCUUGUCAGUCUGACUCUCGUGUCCUCACCAGCCCUUCCAGUGACUCUCUUGAUGCUUUGGAGGAAGAUGACUUAAUUUCAUGUUCUUCCUCCAUCCACCCCAGUGUUCAUUCUCAAACUCAUGUUCACUUUCCCCUUCAGCUUCAUCCCUACUCUGAAGGGCACAUUCAGCCCCACCUCCUCGCCCCUCCACCAGCUCACUCCCAUCCUCUUAUUCACCACACAACAGAUGGCAGAGGAGAAGGGGGCUGCAGGAGAUCAGGCGAUGGAGCUGAUCCCCAACUCCUUGCAACCGUCUCCUCCUCCUCUUCUAGCCAUCAGCAUGUCCAAAAAUGUUCAGGUAACCCCCGGUCUGAUGACAGCCUGCUGUGUUUUGCUGAGCUCUCACGCCUUGUGGACCUCCUGCCAAGCCCUCCAGAGGCAAGUGAGGAUGAUGAAAAUGAAGAAGAUAAGUUGAGGAGAAGGGGAAAAAUGUUCAAAGAAAUGGAUGGGUCAGUGAGAAGAGCAGGUGAAGGCGGAAGCGUAAGUGGGGAGUAUAAAGAAAACCCACUGUCUCCUUCCCUCUCCUCCCCCUCCUCCCACACAGAGUUUGUGUUUAAUUUCAAUGAAGGUGACGCUCGCUGCUACUACAAACUGUGCUCCAACAUCACCCCCGAUAGCGCUCGCAGCCUUUCAUACCCCUCGCAUCAUAAUGAGGGAGAAGACUGGGAGAAGGUGGAGGAUGAGCCGGUUAAGGCGGUUGACCUGGAGCCUAUCCCCAUCCUUCAGCCACCGCCUGGCUUUGGAGACAGCAGCUCUGAUGAGGAGUUCUUUGAUGCCAGAGAUCGCUUCACCUCACCUGAGGACCCCACCUCAGGGGCCACGCCAAGAGAUAUUUGUACAGAGAUGAAGCUGGACUUUCUCAGCACACUCAGCCUCAGCGACAUCAGAGUCUCCGUGACUGAUGCAGAUAAACAUGGAAAAGCAGAAGAAGACAGAAGAGGAGGAGCUGAGGAAGGUGGAGCAAGAGAAACAUUGUUUCAGCUCAGAAAAAGAUCCCGUAAGCGUCGUUCCUUCAUGGAAACUGAUUACACUUCUAGGGUGUCAUAUCCAGAGCCAGAUCCAGAGGGGCACAAUCUGGUCGUUAGUGGGCUUCAUAACAACAUUUUGACAGAAACCAAUGAUGCACAGAUGUUGAGUUCAGAUCCUGAACCUUCAGAGCAAACUGAGAAUCCUAGUCCUACUGUCUCUUCUCUGACUCAUUCUGAAGGGGAACCGGCUCAGCUGGAGUCAAAACCUAUCCUGUCCAAACCCCGCUCACGUGGACCUGGCUCUCCUUGUGGUUUUGUGUCUCAUGAGCAGUCUAGAGACCCACAGCCCCCCUCCAGGACCAGGCAGCAAGAAAUGGAAAUGGAGCCAGAUGCAAUGGAAUCCAAAUCAGUCACAGAUCUGGUGAAGGCUGCAUCUCCUACUAUCACUGUUGUCCGCUGCCGGGUGGAUCCAGAUGGAAAGGAGUGUGCUGAUCGGAGGGGUGAUGGAAAGGAGGAAGGGGAGGAACAGGAUGAGAUUGGUGAGGAGAAAGAAGAGGGAGAGAAGGAGGAGACAACCUUUGUGUCAGGAAUUGGGCCAUUCACUAGUCACAUGUUUUUGCCAGAAAUCUCUGAGAAGGAAGAUAAGGAAGAGGAGAAGAAGAAAGAGGAGGUGAGUUCAAAGAGACCACUCAUAGGUGCUGAAAGACAACCAGAGGUCAACACACUGCCCAAAAGUUUCAUAGAUGAGGAAAAAAAGGAUAAUAAUUGCAUUUUGGGAGCCCAUUUAAUUGCUCUAGAACAAAACCCAUAUGUAGAUGAAUAUGCGUUUGAAGGUGUGUGUGAAAAGUCAAAUCCCCCAUCAUACUCGCCACCACCGCCACCACCCUCAUCCCCUCUACCUCCAGUACCAGUUGUUCACCAAUCUCAAAGGGACUGUUUGGUGAGGGGAGAAGAGGGCAAGGAAAACACGGGAUCCUCGAUACAAAUGUCAAUAUCUAAUACCGAGGAGAUGCCACUUUGUCAACAAAAUCACAAUCAAAACAAAGCACAAUUACAUUUAGAAGUCACAACAUGUGUUAAUGAGGAUGAAGACAUCUGUAUUGUAAGUUCUACUGUGGCUACUAGUGAUGAAGUUACUGACAGCACCAACUCGGACAAUGUUUUUGAUGAUGAUGAGAUGAGUAAUUCCUUUAAUUCUAGCUCUAGUGACAAAAAAUAUGACUGGACUAUACCUGAAAAGGGUGGCAUCAAUGCUGAUUCAGCUACAGCAGGUAAAGAUGAUUCUCAAAUGGCUAUUAAGUCUCAUAUCAGCACUGAAGCGCAGAAAAGAAUUAAUUCACUCAAUUCUGACUAUACUCGGACUAUAAACUCCAUCACUGCAAAGCUCGGAGCUGCUACAAGUGUCACAUCUCCGAUAUAUAUUUCAGGUACUAGAUUGAAAAGUGUGGCUACACAUGAAAGUGCUUCAUGUUCGAAUGAAACCACAGACAAACCCAGCAGUGAUUCCACCACGCCAAGUGCUGAAGCUAAAGAUAGUUUAGUUAGUCCUAGCUUAGCAAAAGCUAACACAACCACAGUCCACAAUCCUUCCAAAGACCCUCCUUCUCCAACGCACUUUCUCUUCCAAACCUGUUCCCCGAGCAUUAUCGGUCGCUUAUCUGCCUCAACACUUAGGGGAAAGAUUCAAAAGUUGCCGCUAUAUUUAUCAAGAUCUCAAGAAACCAUCAACCAAGCUGGGACAGGAAAUGUAGCUCAAAGUCCUACUGAAGACAACAGUAGGGACAAUGUUAAGAUUACCAUAACGGACACUCAUGAUGUCACGCAAACAGUAGACUGUGCUGUGGAUACAACCGCAGAAUCAGUGGAGUCAGAUGAUUCAGAUACAACUGUAACAGGAUCAGAGGUGGAUGGGGAGUUUUUCGUUGAAACAACAGCAGCAAAGAGUUUUCAGUCAGUUCCAGAGGUUAAAGAAGUAAGUUCCCCAUCGCCUGUCCAAACUGAACCCAAAUCCCAACGCCAAAGUCAGCUUCUGUACACUGGACCUAUCAAGAACAGUCCAGGACCCAUAACAGAGCCUCCAGCCUCCAUAGUAAACAGCCUCCAAAGAGACACUUCAGGCCUAGAGAUGGACACUCCUGGUCCUAUAAAGGUUGCUUCACCAUCUAACUCCUCUCCAAUAGUGGUGACGACAAGAAAUCUAAAUGGGCCAGGGCUCCCUUUUGAUAGUCAAUCACAGAAAGUAAGAUGGACGAGUUGUGACAGGCCUUUGAUGGGUCUUUGCGGGCACACAGGGCAGAAUUCAGACUCACCAAAAACUCUUUCUCCAGGCUGCAGGGUGUUUACAAUCUGUGAAGAUCCAUCCCAGACAAAGACCCACGCAGAGUUGGGGACAACCCCACCCUUGAAAUCUGAGUUGAGUUGCAGUACCGUGCUAGCAUCUGGAUGUGAGUCAGUUAUGGAAGGAAUGCAGAUUCCACUGGAUGCUUGUGGUUGCCCAGCAGUCUAUACUAACUGCUUCAGUGGAGGGGACAGUUUUGAUGAAGAGCUGACAGUCUAUGAGUUCUCCUGCCGCACACAGAGCAGCGGUGUGACUCAGACUUCUGGAACAAGUCUUCCUCUCAUGACUUCCCCACCUGUUCCUUCCUUUCUCUCCACCUCGUCCGCCCACUCUGCCACCUUUCCACGCUCCAUUAUUUUCUCCUCCUCUACCUCUGAGCUCAGCCCUCUGCUCUCACCACUGUCUGACACCUCAUUCCUGUCUCAAACGCACAAGGACACCAUCAGUCGACUAGGCCAGCAGUGCUACCCAGAACCCCCAACAGGUUUCCAAGUACUUCGUGUAGACGUGGACAAGCUCCUUUCCAUUCUUGAAAGUAGCGGUGCCGACCGAUCUGUGGCAGGCCAUGGUGGUCGCCACCAGAGAGAGACCUGCCCUGCCCACUUUACAGAGAACAAACGAGUGCUACAGAUAGAGGCACGACGGCUAAUGUCAGGCUGCCAGAAGGUGGUAGGUAUUGAACAAAGCCCAGAGGAAAUGCUUCACUCCCUAGCUGACAGUUUCCGGACCCUGGUGGAACUGGCAGGUAUAUGCCUCUGGUUCUCUGGUUGCGACAGGUGUGACAGAAGGAAUGCUGAGGCAGUUGCAGGUCUGGCAGAUGUGGCUCGUUCAUUCAGAGACUUCUGUCUGGCAGCGGAGCGAGCCAGCAGCAAGCGCAGUUGCCAGGACCUGAGCACCAAGCUGUUAGCCAAACAGUGCACCGCGCUCACCGCCUCCGUCUUCUGCCUCACUCAGCUGUUCCGCACCCUCACUGCAUUAUGAGUGGACCAUAAUCUCUGAAGUUUUUGAAAUGACUUUCAGGCAAGCUGUGGUGUGUGUGACCUCUGAUAUAUAAGGUCAAAAGUGAGCUCACAGCUGCUGCAGAUGUGGGUAGAUGUGACCCAGGACUGUCAUGUUUAGGAUGGGCAGUAAGUGAGGUGAGGUUACCUCAGAAACACACUGGUUUCACUGAGUUCCAUGACAACUCAAGUGAUCACAACAAACUCAACAUUAUAGAGCCACUUUGAGAUCAGUGAGGUGCAUGUGGUUACUGACUACUUGCUGUGCACGUGCUGGAGCCCACAAACAAAACAGUCAGCCAACAACCAGACUGUAGAGUGGUGCAAGUUGCAAAAGCAAAACCUGCUUGAAUUCCAGUAUUGAGGAACUGCUGUACUUGAAUGUAUUCUAUGUUAUCUAUUAUGUUUAUAUUUUCAAUUAUUUAAUUAACAAGUUACUACAGUGAGCAAGUAAGGAAUGUAAAGACAAGGGGGGAAGAUUUUUGGACAUGUUUACAGACAAAACUUUAGACAGAUUAGUAGUGGUGUGUGAGAGUAGUGGGCCUUUACCACACAUACAAAAGCACACAACCUCACAUGCAGAGUGAGUCAGUAUUUGAUUCCAUUCAUACACAAGCCUUUUGUUCGACUGUCAUGGCCAUGUGUAGACAAGAAACACUGCAGUUUACUGAUGCAUAUUCUAUAUCUUUACAUUGUGCAGGCUGAUAUUGAGGACUUCUUUGAAUGUUACUGUUUACAAAACCAAAAACUAGAGUGAGAAAUGAUUUCCUCAAACCAUAGAAGUCAAGCUUGAAGCUAUGUUUGCCAUUUUAUAAAUCUGCUAGCAGAAUGUUGUUGUGUGCGCAUUGUGUUAUUUUACGAAACAGUCUGGAUGACAUUCAGCUGUUUGCACAUUCAAGUUUUUCUCUCAUAUUUUUCUGUCAUAUUUGUUAACACUCUCUUUCUCCACAUUCAGUUAAAACACUGCAGCCUCUGGUGCAUGGUGAUGUGACUGUCAACCACCAGUCUUUUCCAAACAUUUACUCAUUUUGUUUAUACUUAGUAUGAACAAGUCCAUUGAAAACAGGAAUCUCCAUUCUAUACAAGACUUGGGGAUGCUUCCCAAUAGAUAUUCCUGGUAUGAUAUAUAGUAUGUGGUAUAUAGAUCAUUUUACGAAUCUUAACCUUCAAGCAAUCUGCAAGCUUUUCAAGAUCAUAAAGACCUGCACACCUCUGAGCUUUGGGGACAAUCAGGAAGGACCGAAACUACCCUGUCCCUACACUAAGUGCAUUUUUACUACAAAUCUCCAGGUGUAACCACAAAUAAUGGUAACAGGUGACUGGAUAUGGGCACAGAUAACCCAGGCAGUGGAGGAUUAUAUAGCACUGUUUACUAUGUGUACAUGCUUUUUCAGCUUCUGACUGGCAUGUUGAGUGAAAGGGUGAGUCUCAGUCUGUCUGUCGAAGUGACCCAGUCAUUGGUUGACAGCCUAUCACUGAAGUACCUUGAACUCAACACAUUUGUCACCAAAUCAUGUACAACACUGAUUUUACGCAAAAAUUAUUUUUAUGGACAAGUCAUAUUACAGCAUUUUCACUUGGAAUGUUCCUAAAAUAAAAAGGACAGAUGCACACUGGACCUGCAUGUUCACUGAAGAACUUAAAGUUAUCAGAAAUCAUUUCAACACUGCAGUACUGGGAACACAAUUUAUUGCAAAUAGUGUUUCUAUAUAUAUUUAUAAUGGCAACUGAAACACUUUAUUUAUUAACUUGUUCUGUUUUGUUCCCUAUGGUUGCAACAGAAUAUAAUUUCCUGUAUUUUACUCCCGAAAAGAGCUGGAUUAUUUAACUUGAUCUCCAUGAGAAAACUGCCCCAAGCAGCAAAACUUUUUUAAAUCAUAUGUGCUCACAAAGCAUGUUGUAAUAUGCCAUGGAAUGCGUUGUUGUUUUAUCAGGGAUUUUAUUGGUGAAUGAUUGAAUGAUGACAUCUGCUCUUGCUUUGUAAUGCUCAGCUCCCACCAUUAAAAACAAUGUCAAGAUUAUGAUUCCUUUAUUGCUCACCCACUUGUGCCUUCAUUGCUCAGACUGCAGAUACCUAUGCAGGUUCAUUUACAAUCACUUUUUUAUUUCCCAGCACAGCCGACAGUCUUUAGUCUCUAGACAGAACUGGGCAAAGGAGUUUUACUUUAAGUAUUU